AUAUUUGAUUCGUUAUUGGCUUGGAGAGCCGAUAAAUGGGGGGGGGGGGGAGAUAUCCAACUUGGGAUAGAUCGAGUGACGAUGGCGGAUGAUCAACUUCUAAUCCUUACAACCCCCGCAAUCUUGCGAGAUAAGUGACUCCCCCUUGCUAUUAUCUAUAAACUAUGUACCUAACACCGAGGCAGGAUAGCAAAUGCCACCGAGACAACAGCUCUGGUCAAAUCAUAUGUAUCGUCACCCCUGGUUGUACUGCCCGGAACACAUACGCUACGGACAUCAGGUUCAGCUCAUGAUGUCACGCCCAAUACAGUUAGUUGUACAUGUCCGAUGGUGCAGAAUCGAUGCAAGGCUUGCAAUGGGCAGUGUGUCCGACAUGGAUGGUUGGCCGAUCGAUCCCUUAAGCUUGUUUUCGUACCUACACAAAAGCUUUCAUGGUUGUCGACGUUGCAUCCUUAACGAAAAGAUGAGCUGGGGCUAGACUGUCUCGUGCCCUCUUUUCCUCUCGGGACAAGUCUCAGGGCAAGGAAUAAAAGGCUUGAGGUUGGCAGCAACAAGGCGGGAGAGGGACUGAAGUCAACCAUCCUACUUUACUUAUCAUGGCUCGGACAGACCCAUAUAACCACCGAGCGCCGGGGAGGCUCAUAAUCGCAUUCCUUUCCUUGUUUUCCCUCUUUUUUCUCGGCGCAUUUGUCGCGACAAAACUUGGUGGAACGACAGCGCCACACACCUUCGAUUUUCGCCGCAAAGUUCGCCUCGAUGCUCUCCAGGACCCGAAGCCUAGGACAGAGGCUAAGGGAGACGAAUAUUUGAUUGGGGUUGGGAAAGCUGAUAUCACCGGCCCCGUGGUAGAAAUCAACUUUGCUGGUUACGCCGACCUCUCCCAGACUGGCACCGGUCUUCGCCAGCGUAUUUACUCUCGGGCAUUUAUCGUCGGUGAUGUCAACAGCCCCGCCGAUCGAUUUGUAUAUUUGGUACUCGAUACACAAUCCGGUGAUACGGCUGUGCGUCUCGGUAUCUUGGACGGCCUGGCUGCACUUGGGGAUGACUAUUCUGUAUAUGGACAGGGGAACGUCGCCGUCACCGGAACACACGCCCAUUCAGGUCCCGGUGCUUGGUUCAAUUAUCUGCUCCCGCAGGUAACUAGCUUAGGGUUUGACAAGCAAAGCUAUCAAGCGAUCGUUGAUGGUGCUGUCUUGUCGAUAAAGAGAGCUCACGAGUCCUUGACUAAGGGAUAUCUUGACAUAGGGACGGUGAACAUUACGGAUGGCAAUUUAAGUCGGAGUCCAUUUGCUUAUCUAGCCAACCCUGCGGAAGAGCGAGCUCAGUAUACAGACGAUGUAGAUAAAGAGAUGACCGUCCUAAAGUUCCAACGCGCGUCUGAUGGUAAGGACAUUGGUAUCUUGACUUGGUACGCAGUUCAUGGGACUUCCAUCUAUCAAAACAGUACUCACGUGGCUGGCGAUAACAAAGGAGUCGCUGAGAUCAUGUUCGAAAAGGCUAUGGAGGGCGAGGAGUCUGCUGCUGACGGAUUCGUCGCCGGCUUCUCACAGGCAAACGUCGGGGAUACAACCCCUAAUACAUUAGGCGCCUGGUGCGAUGAUGGGUCUGGCCAGAUGUGCAGCUUAGAAAACAGCACCUGCGCGGACGGUAAAUCACAGAAAUGUCAUGGCCGAGGACCCCAAUUCGAUAAGCUCGAUCUCGGUAUCGCAAGUUGCUAUGAGAUUGGUAAACGUCAAUAUGAGGGUGCUAGAUCAGUCUAUGAUUCGUUCGCUUCAGCUGGAACGCCCGUGGUUGGUUCGACAGUAAAGUCGUUCCAUUUUUACCAUGACAUGACAUUUUGGAAGUUCCAGUUGGAUAAUGGGACUGAGGUGCAAACAUGUCCCGCAGCACUAGGAUACUCCUUUGCGGCAGGGACAUCAGACGGGCCAGGAGCAUUUGACUUCACCCAAGGAGACUCGGGUACUCCAAGCGCCAGCCCGAUAUGGGAGGUGGUCAAGAGCUUACUUCGCGCGCCAUCGCCUGAGCAGCAAGCAUGCCAAAACCCCAAGCCUGUUCUCCUGGACGUGGGCGAGAUGUCGGUGCCCUACCAGUGGUCCCCUAAUAUCAUAGACGUCCAGAUGUUGCGAGUUGGCCAGCUCAUGAUUAUCGUAAGCCCCAGCGAAGCCUCGACAAUGGCCGGGCGAAGGUGGCGCGGCGCUGUCAGAGCCGCCGCCGCCGCCGCGGAUCUCACCGAUGCCGAGCCCAGGGUUAUCCUAGGUGGUCCCGCCAAUACGUACUCUCACUACCUAACCACACCAGAGGAAUAUGGUAUUCAACGGUACGAGGGUGCUAGCACGCUCUUCGGCCAAUGGGAGCUGCCCGCCUAUAUUAAUCUCACCAUUAGCAACAUACAAUACUUGGCUCCCGGAUCCAGUGGGUCGCCCGAGCCCGGUCCGAGCCCGCCAGACAACCGUAGGAACAGCCUCAGCUUUAUCACCGGCGUGGUACAGGACAACGCUCCGCUAGGGAAAUCAUUUGGGGAUUGUACAACACAGCCGGCGGAGAGCUACUCGCGUGGUACCGUUGUCAACGCCACCUUCGUAGGUGCUAACCCGCGCAAUAAUCUGCGACUUGGUGGCACGUUCGCGGCGAUCGAGAAGCAGGAUGGAGAUUCUUGGACACAGGUGAGGGACGAUACCGAUUGGUCCCUGGUGUAUACAUGGAAACGCACCGACACGGUGCUUGGUUAUAGCGAGGUUACUAUCAGCUGGGAGAUAGAGGCCGACGCCGAGCAAGGCACAUAUAGGACGAGGUAUUAUGGCGAUAGCAAGGCUCUACUCGGUGGGGGUGUCACGGCUUUUGAAGGGAUUAGCCAGCCUUUUAAUCUGACGUGACUGGAAUAGGAAUAGGAAUAGGAAUA